GGGCUCCGUCCGACGAUCCGGAAUACGGGUUGGGACUCAGGCGACGGACAGGGAAGGCUUAGGGUCGGGAACAUUCGCUGCCUGCGAGGCCGGCCUGGAGACUUCGGUGCCCGGGACGGCCGGGUCGCUCAGCUGUCAUCAUUUCAUUCCGUCCCCCGAGUCCGAUGGCGGCGCCCGCGCCCAGGGACCCGGCGCAGGUUUCCAUGGUUGCAGAAGUGUUUUUGGAACCUACACAGGGAAGUGUGACUUUUGAGGAUGUGGCCCUCUAUUUCUCCUGGGAGGAAUGGGAUCUCUUAGAUGAGGAUCAGAGAUGCCUGUACCAUGAUGUGAUGCUGGAGAACUUUGUACUCACAUCCUCCCUAGGUUGUUGGCAUGGAGUGGAAGAUGAGGAGGUACCUUCCAAAGAGAGCAUUUCUGUAGGAGUGUCACAGAUUGGGACUCUUAGGUCAGGUUCAUUUCCACAGAAGGCUCAGCCCUUUGAACUGCGUGGCUCGAUCUUGGGAAACAUUUUGCAUUUGGCUGAACACCAGGGCACAUAUCUUGGGGAAAAACCAUAUGCAUGUUGGAAACAAUUCUUUGUAGCUGCCAACCUUCAACAAUACCAGGGUCAGCACACUAGAGAGAUACCCGUUAGAAGUCAUGUGGACAGAGGUUCAUUUAUAAAGAACUGUACAGUCCAUGUGUCAGGGAAGCCCUUUCCCAGUGAGGAGACAGGGAAGGACUUCUUAGCCAGCAUGGGAUUUCUCCAACAGGUCACUCCUACUGGGGAGAAGCCAAACAAUGAGUGUGAGGCUGUCUUUCACAGUGGAAAAAGUCAUCACAACUGUGGAGAAUGCAAGAAAGCCUUCAGCUGCACAGACAUACUUGCUCAGGACCAGAGAGUCAUCACUAGAGAAGGACUUUAUGAAUGUGGCAAAUGUGGGAAAGCCUGUACCCGAAGAUGUAACCUCAUUCAGCACCAGAAAGUCCACACUCGAGAAAGGCCUUAUGAAUGUAGUGAAUGUGGGAAAUUCUUUACCUAUUAUUCCAGUUUCAUUAUUCAUCGGAGAGUUCACACAGGAGAAAGGCCGUACGAGUGCAAUGAAUGUGGGAAAUCUUUUAGCCAAAGCUACAGCCUCAAUAGCCAUAGGAAAGUUCACACUGGAGAGAAGCCUUAUGAAUGCAGGGAAUGUGGAAAAUCUUUCAGCCAAAGGUCCAACCUCAUUCAACAUCAGAGAGUUCACACUGGAGAAAGGCCUUAUGAGUGCAGUGAAUGUGGGAAGUCUUUUAGCCAAAACUUCAGUCUCAUUUACCACAGGAGAGUUCACACUGGAGAAAGGCCUCAUCAGUGCAGUGAAUGUGGGAAAUCCUUUAGCCGAAGCUCCAGCCUCAUUCACCACAGGAGACUUCACACUGGAGAAAGACCUUAUGAGUGCAGUAAAUGUGGGAAAUCCUUUAAGCAGAGCUCUAGUUUCAGUUCGCAUCGGAAAGUCCACACAGGAGAAAGGCCUUAUGAGUGUGGGGAAUGUGGAAAAUCCUUUAGCCAUAGCUCCAACCUCAAGAACCACUGGAGAGUUCACACUGGAGAAAGGCCUAUUGAGUGCAGUGAAUGUGGAAAGUCCUUUAGCUGUAAAUCUAACCUUGUUAAACACCUGAGAGUUCACACUGGAGAAAGGCCUUAUGAGUGUGGGGAAUGUGGAAAAUCCUUUAGCCAAAGCUCCAGCCUUAUUCAACACCGGAGAGUUCACACUGGAAAGAGGCCUAUUGAGUGCAGACAAUGUGGGAAAUCCUUUAGCUCCAAAUCUGACCUCAUUCAACACCAGAGACUUCAUACUAGAGAAAGAAUGGCUUCAGAUAUCAGAAUAUCAUUUCAGGGAGAACCAUCUAUGAAUGAUCCUGGGUCAGAAAACCUAGAGCAUAAACUUAGCCAAGGACCAGCCAUUCAGGAGGAAGACGAGAUCUAUGAGUUCCCAAGCACUCAGCUCACUUUAUUGCAAAACAGUAACUCAAGUGCAAGGCAGGAACUGCAAAAUCUCUAUAAGUUAUUUCACUCAUGGCUGCAACCAGAGAAACACAGCAAGGAUGAGAUUAUUUCUCAUCUGGUCUUGGAACAGUUUAUGAUCAAUGGCCACUGCAGUGACAGGUCCAUGUUGAAAAAGAAAUGGAAUGCAAGUGGCAGGAACCUGGAGAAAUUCAUGGAAGAUCUGACUGAUGAUGGCAUGAAGCUACCUGGAUUAGUCCACGUCCACAUGAAGGGCCAGGACGCCCUCUUUUCUGAGAAUAUGCCCUUAAGAGAAGUCAUCGUUCAUUUCAUGAAACAAUUGUCAGCAGGAACCCCAACAGAAGAGAACAUGGGGACACCCUCCUGGACUUCCCAAGAUACUUCCCUGGAAACAGGACAAGGAGAUAAAGCAAAUGGCUACAACAUUUAUCACAAUGACGGUACUACUAGUCAAGGCAAUGCAGUACCUUCCCUGUUCAUUGUCCAUGAGGAGGACUGUCCUCACCCUGAAGAGGACAGUGUUUCUUUGAAGGAUCUGCUCAGCCCUGGAAGACCGGGUCUAGGUACGUCCAAUUCCCAGGAAGGGUGCCUGCAAGGACGCCCAUAUCAAGAUGUCCUGAUGGAGGGGGCACCAGGGUUUCACUCUCGGUCAACCGCAGUCACCCCUGACCCUGUUUCUACCCACCAAAAAACCGAGGGGAAUUCCACAUGUGGGGGACACCAAGAAAGAUUCCGUGACGCCCAAAACUCCUACAGAUGUGAAAAAUGUCCCAGGAUCUUUAGGUAUUUCUCUCAGCUAAAAGCCCAUCAGAGAAGACACAACAAUGAGAGGACAUUCAUUUGUGCUGAGUGUAACAAAGGCUUCUUCCAAGCGUCAGACCUACACGUGCAUCAGAAGAUUCACACAGAAGAGAAGCCUUUCAGGUGCAGCACAUGUGAAAAAUCCUUCAGCCACAAAACCAACCUUCUGGCCCAUGAGAGAAUCCACACGGGUGAGAAGCCCUAUGUAUGUGCGCUUUGCCAGAGAAGCUACCGCCAGUCAUCCACCUACCACCGCCACCUGAGGACUCACCAGAAAAUUGCCGUCAAAGGUACUCCUUCCACAUCAGAAGCUUCCUCAGCUGUAGCCUCAGUGUAAUGCUAUGUGAAUAUGUAUGCAAAUACGUAUAUUUCCAUAGCACCUCCCUAUUUAGAACAUAUAAUUUCCUGAUUAUAUUUUCCAUUUAUUUUCUUCACUAAAAUGUAAGUUUAAGGAGGAAUUUCUGUUCGUUCACUGGAGUGUAUCUCAGGUGCCCAGAAAAGUGGCUGACAAAAAAUUCAAAUAACCAAUAAAUAACCUGCUGAAUA